AUGGUAAGCGGUAAGGUGUUUCUAGUGUCUCGAAAAUAUAUGCCGUCUGAUAUGACACCUCUAGAAAGCAGUUUUCCUGUUCCAAUUUCAGUCCCACCGCCUAUCAAAGCUAUAAAUGAGACGCAUGUAGCUGGUCUUGAUAGUGGAGGAUCAGCUUUGUCAAGAUCUGUUGUACCAUUGGAUGAAUCCAAGAAGAGCCUUUCAAAAUUAAAAUUAUUGAAUGAAAAUUUGAAUGGGAAAAAAGUCCAAAAUGGUGGUAUCAAUCUUAGCGAAGAUUCAUCACAUUUGCUUGGUUAUAAUGGCACUGGUCAAAGAAAAGAAAUAACGACAACUGAUGACGAGAUAAUGAAUAAGGUCACUGUUAGCAGUUUGAAUAAGACGCUGGGAACAAACGAGCAAACGACUGUGAAGACAUUCAUCGCUUCAAAAUCGUUGCCUGCAAGUGUUGUUGAUACUGUAACGGCUUCCACAAAACUCCAGCAGAGUUCAUCUCGAGAUGCAAUCAGUGAUACCAUCAAUAUAGAUGCAUUCGAACGUACAGAGGCUGAACUUAAUAAGACUCUCCAAGAUCAUAACGUGACCAAAGCACAUGAAGAUAAUCAUUUGUACUACAAAAGUACGUGGUCUACAGAAAAAAGCGUAAGCGACGACUUUUGGAAAAAAAUUACGUCUAACCUUACAGUCAAUGGGCUUCUGUCUAAUUCUCAUCGUCGCGCAACGACCAUGUUGCUCUCAUUCGAUUUUCCUUUUUACGGAUUUCCUAUUCGAAAUAUUACUAUUGCCAGUGGCGGAUUUCUAUACACCGGAGAUUACGUACACUCGUGGCUGGCAUCGACACAAUACAUUGCACCGUUGAUGGCCAAUUUUGAUACUGCGCUUUCUAACAGCUCAUUGGUUAAAUAUCGUGAUGACGGCGAAACUUUCAUUGUUGUAUGGGAGAACGUCAUACUUCAAGAUCGUCAAAAUAAUGGAACUUUUACAUUCAGUGUAACAUUGAAUAAGUCUGGUGAUAUUGUAUUUGCUUACAAAAAUAUUCCCAUCAACAUAAUGGAGAUAUUUGAAAAUUCAUUGAUGAAAAAUCACCCAGUUAAGAUAGGAUUAUCAGAUGCUUAUAUCAUUGAUAAAACAAUAAUGCGCACUAAACAGAAAACUAUUUACGAAUACCACCGUGUUAACUUCGGACAAACUGAAGUGAAAAAUGAUACUAUUAUUACGCUAACAGCGUUGCCGACAUGUUUUUCGUUCAAAGAUUGUGAAUCGUGUAUCACUCAUGAAGGCGCGGAUUUUGAGUGCUUAUGGUGCCCAACAAUAAAUCGUUGCUCGACUGGUACAGAUCGUAAACGUCAAGAUUGGAUACACAAAGGCUGUGAAACAACAAUCAUUUCUGAAACAUCUUCAUGCCCCGCUAUUGGUCAAAAAGGCAACAACUACGGUGACUCAGUUGAAACAACAACCAAGAUGACGGUGGACAAUGUUAAUAAUACUAAUAACACUGUUAAUCAAACCAAUAGCAAACCCGUGCAAAAUAUUGUUCCAAACAAGUUCGAAUUUAAUGGUACAAGCACUCAGAGCGGUAUUAAAAAAGAUGAGAUUAUAAGCAAGGCAAAAAGUUACCAUACAGCCGAUAUUCACGAAUCCAGUCACGGCUUACUAGUAUCUUUAUUGAUUGUAAUCAUGAUUUUAUUUUCAUCCGGUUGCUGGGUAUUAUACGCAUAUCGGAAUCCUCACACAAAGAGCGGACAGCUGCUGAUUAGGAUCGCAAAGUUUCAAAAGUACCGUCCUAAUAGAUGGUUAUGGCGACGCGGUGAGGCACGCUAUACGGCAGCAACGAUACAUAUGUGAAGUAACGUUAAUCCCGAUGUCACUAAAAAUGAAUCCGUCCAGUUAAUCGCUAUUUUGCUGUGCUCUUUGUUUUAUUCUCAUCUGUUUAUUUUAUAUUGCAACAAAACAGUGCGCA